AGUGGCAGUUGAAUGGGGCAGUUGAAGAGGAGGACUUCAGGCGGGUGGGACAAGAGAAGCUGAAUCUGAAGUCCUUGGGGAGAAGGAGACCCUGGACUCCUGGGCAGCAGGUGCCAGGCUCUGAGCCCCAUGACUGCUGACCCUCCUCCCCUCCCUCUCAUCCUCAGCCCAGAGUGAAAGUGUCCCCAGGCCAAAAGCCCAAGGCUCCAGGCUGCCAUCAGGAUGGUGGGUGAAGGACCCUACCUUAUCUCAGAUCUGGACCAGCGAGGCCGGCGGAGACCCUUUGCAGAGAGAUAUGAUCCCAGCCUGAAGACCAUGAUCCCAGUGCGACCCUGUGCAAGGUUAGCACCCAACCCGGUGGAUGAUGCGGGGCUACUCUCCUUCGCCACAUUUUCCUGGCUCACGCCAGUGAUGGUGAAAGGCUACCAGCAAAGGCUGACCGUGGACACCCUGCCCCCAUUGUCACUGUAUGACUCAUCUGACACCAAUGCCAAAAGAUUUCGAGUCCUUUGGGAUGAAGAGGUAGAAAGGGUGGGUCCUGAGAAGGCCUCUCUGAGCCGCGUGGUGUGGAAAUUCCAGAGGACACGCGUGUUGAUGGACAUCGUGGCCAACAUCCUGUGCAUCAUCAUGGCAGCCAUAGGGCCGACAGUUCUCAUUCACCAAAUCCUCCAGCAGACCGAGAGGACCUCUGGGAAAGUCUGGGUUGGCAUCGGACUGUGCAUAGCCCUUUUUGCCACCGAGUUUACCAAAGUCUUCUUUUGGGCCCUUGCCUGGGCCAUCAACUACCGCACAGCCAUCCGGUUGAAGGUGGCGCUCUCCACCUUGGUUUUUGAAAACCUAGUGUCCUUCAAGACAUUGACCCACAUCUCUGUUGGUGAGGUGCUCAAUAUACUGUCAAGUGAUAGCUAUUCCUUGUUUGAAGCUGCCUUGUUUUGUCCUUUGCCAGCCACCAUCCCGAUCCUAAUGGUCUUUUGUGCGGCGUACGCCUUUUUCAUUCUGGGGCCCACAGCUCUCAUCGGGAUAUCAGUGUAUGUCAUAUUCAUCCCCGUCCAGAUGUUUAUGGCCAAGCUCAAUUCAGCUUUCCGAAGGUCAGCAAUUUUGGUGACAGACAAGCGAGUUCAGACAAUGAAUGAGUUUCUGACCUGCAUCAAGCUGAUCAAAAUGUAUGCCUGGGAGAAAUCUUUUACCAACAGUAUCCAAGAUAUAAGAAGGAGGGAAAGAAAAUUACUGGAAAAAGCUGGAUUUGUCCAAAGUGGAAACUCUGCCCUGGCCCCCAUCGUGUCCACCAUAGCCAUCGUGCUGACAUUCUCCUGCCACAUCCUCCUGAGACGCAAACUCACCGCACCCGUGGCAUUUAGUGUGAUUGCCAUGUUUAAUGUAAUGAAGUUUUCCAUUGCAAUCUUGCCCUUCUCCAUCAAAGCAAUGGCUGAAGCCAAUGUCUCCCUAAGGAGAAUGAAGAAAAUUCUCAUAGAUAAAAGCCCCCCAUCUUACAUCACCCAACCAGAAGACCCAGAUACUGUCUUGCUUUUAGCAAAUGCCACCUUGACAUGGGAGCAUGAAGCCAGCAGGAAAAGUAACCCAAAGAAAUUGCAGAACCAGAAAAGGCAUUUAUUCAAGAAACAGAGGUCAGAGGCAUACAGUGAGUGGAGUCCACCAGCCAAGGGAGCCACUGGCCCAGAGGAGCAAAGUGGCAGCCUCAAAUCGGUUCUGCACAGCAUAAGCUUUGUGGUGAGAAAGGGGAAGAUCUUGGGAAUAUGCGGGAAUGUGGGAAGUGGAAAGAGCUCCCUCCUUGCAGCUCUCCUAGGACAGAUGCAGCUGCAGAAAGGGGUGGUGGCAGUCAAUGGAACUUUGGCCUAUGUUUCACAGCAGGCGUGGAUCUUUCAUGGAAAUGUGAGAGAAAACAUACUCUUUGGAGAAAAGUAUGAUCACCAAAGGUAUCAGCACACAGUCCGCGUCUGUGGCCUCCAGAAGGACCUGAGCAACCUCCCCUAUGGAGACCUGACUGAGAUUGGGGAGCGGGGCCUCAACCUCUCCGGGGGGCAGAGGCAGAGGAUUAGCCUGGCCCGUGCCGUCUACUCCGACCGUCAGCUCUACCUGCUGGAUGACCCCCUGUCAGCCGUGGAUGCCCACGUGGGGAAGCACAUCUUUGAGGAGUGCAUUAAGAAGACGCUCAGGGGAAAGACGGUCAUCCUGGUGACCCACCAGCUACAGUUCUUAGAGUCUUGUGAUGAAGUCAUUUUAUUAGAAGAUGGAGAGAUUUGUGAAAAGGGAACCCACAAGGAGUUAAUGGAGGAGAGAGGGCGCUAUGCAAAACUGAUUCACAACCUGCGAGGAUUGCAGUUCAAGGAUCCUGAACACCUUUACAAUGCAGCAAUGGUGGAAGCCUUCAAGGAGAGCCCUGCUGAGAGAGAGGAAGAUGCUGUUUUGGCUCCAGGAAAUGAGAAAGAUGAAGGAAAAGAAUCUGAAACAGGCUCAGAAUUUGUAGACACAAAAGUUCCUGAGCACCAGCUCAUCCAGAGUGAAUCCCCCCAGGAAGGAACCGUGACCUGGAAAACAUAUCACACGUACAUUAAGGCUUCUGGAGGGUACCUCCUUUCUCUCUUCACUGUGUUCCUCUUCCUCCUGAUGAUUGGCAGUUCUGCCUUCAGCAACUGGUGGCUGGGUCUCUGGUUGGACAAGGGCUCACGGAUGACCUGUGGGCCCCAGGGCAACAGGACCAUGUGUGAGGUCGGCGCGGUGCUGGCAGACAUCGGUCAGCAUGUGUACCAGUGGGUGUACGCUGCAAGCAUGGUGUUCGUGCUGGUGUUUGGCGUCAUCAAAGGCUUCGUCUUCACCAAGACCACACUGAUGGCAUCCUCCUCUCUGCAUGACAUGGUGUUUGAUAAGAUCUUAAAGAGCCCAAUGAGCUUCUUUGACACGACUCCCACUGGCAGGCUAAUGAACCGUUUUUCCAAGGAUAUGGACGAGCUGGAUGUGAGGCUGCCGUUUCACGCAGAGAACUUUCUGCAGCAGUUUUUUAUGGUGGUGUUUAUUCUCGUGAUCUUGGCUGCUGUGUUUCCUGCUGUCCUUUUAGUCGUGGCCGGCCUUGCUGUAGGCUUCUUCAUUCUGUUACGCAUUUUCCACAGAGGAGUCCAGGAGCUCAAGAAGGUGGAGAAUGUCAGCCGGUCACCCUGGUUCUCCCACAUCACCUCCUCCAUGCAGGGCCUGGGCAUCAUUCACGCCUAUGGCAAGAAGGAGAACUGCAUCACCCAGUUUAAGAUGCUAAACGACGAAAACUCCAGUCACCUCCUCUACUUUAACUGUGCUCUCAGGUGGUUUGCGCUGAGAAUGGAUGUCCUCAUGAACAUCCUUACCUUCAUUGUGGCCUUGUUGGUGACUCUGAGUUUCUCCUCCAUCAGUACUUCAUCCAAAGGCCUGUCAUUGUCAUACAUCAUCCAGAUGAAGAAACUGAGCCCCAGAAAGACUUGGCCCAAGAUCAUACAGCUGUCACGUCUGAGCGGACUGCUCCAAGUGUGCGUGCGAACGGGAACAGAGACGCAAGCCAAAUUCACCUCCGUGGAGCUUCUCAGGGAAUACAUUUCGACCUGUGUUCCUGAAUGCACUCAUCCCCUCAAAGUGGGGACCUGUCCCAAGGACUGGCCCAGCCAUGGGGAGAUCACCUUCAGAGACUAUCAGAUGAGAUACAGAGACAACACCCCGCUUGUUCUCGACAGCCUGAACUUGAACAUACAAAGUGGGCAGACAGUCGGGAUUGUUGGAAGAACAGGUUCCGGAAAGUCAUCCUUAGGAAUGGCUUUGUUUCGUCUGGUGGAGCCAGCCAGUGGCACAAUCUUUAUUGAUGAGGUGGAUAUCUGCACUCUCAGCUUGGAAGACCUCAGAACCAAGCUGACCGUGAUCCCACAGGAUCCUGUCCUGUUUGUAGGUACAGUAAGGUACAACUUGGAUCCCUUUGAGAGUCACACCGACGAGAUGCUCUGGCAGGUUCUGGAGAGAACAUUCAUGAGAGACACAAUAAUGAAACUCCCAGAAAAAUUACAGGCAGAAGUCACAGAAAAUGGAGAAAACUUCUCAGUAGGGGAACGUCAGCUGCUUUGUGUGGCCCGAGCUCUUCUCCGUAAUUCAAAGAUCAUUCUCCUUGAUGAAGCCACCGCCUCUAUGGACUCCAAGACUGACACCCUGGUUCAGAACACCAUCAAAGAUGCCUUCAAAGGCUGCACUGUGCUGACCAUCGCCCACCGCCUCAACACAGUUCUCAACUGCGAUCAUGUCCUGGUUAUGGAAAAUGGGAAGGUGAUUGAGUUUGACAAGCCUGAAGUCCUUGCAGAGAAGCCAGAUUCUGCAUUUGCGAUGUUACUAGCAGCAGAAGUCAGAUUGUAGAGGUCCUGGCGGCUGAUUCUAGAGGAGGAAGAGGCUCUGUGAGAUGAGUAGGAGGGGUCUUCAGGAGGAGGGGCCGUCCUCUCUGCAGGCAGACCUGGUCUUCAGCCCCUCCCAUCCACGGAGUGAGCUGGGGCUGAAGUUGUCCCCACUGCCAUACUCAGUCCAUGUCACCCCACUUGGUGGGCUUGGGGUUGGUUCUGGGUGGUGAACCGAGGCAGACCCAGCUAAUGGAUUAAAAAACUGCCCUUCACCUCCCAAAUCCCCAAGGGUUCCUCAUGUGUUUUCACCAAAACCACCCCAGUGCCUGAGAUUGAAAAUAUUGUAACUUUCAGUAAGAAACCAGACACAAUAAACAACAUGGGAAAAUGCCUUAGGAUGGAGUUUGCAAGGUUUCCUUGCCCAUUAUCAGAGGGAAAAAGAGCAGAAUUUUCUUCUCGUUUAACCCCACUCACUUCCAUCUUGACUGGGUGACAAGUGGUAACGACACAGAUUUGUAGCGCGAAAGAUUGAAUACACUGUUUGGCCAAAAAUUUUUUUUUAAAUCUUAUUAUAUGUUUCAAUUGAUCUAUUAGAAUAACAAAGAAAACAAAAUGCUGGAGUUUCUCUAUAAAUGACACUUUUAUAUCUUCUUUAUUCAUCAUUAAAACGCAGUAGGAAAUUACCCUGAAAUGUUGCCUUGCAAUUAUUUCACUGAAGAUAUUCCAAUUUAUGUACUAUUUCUUCUCAUAGACCCUUGUUGCUGUCUCCCUUCACUCAGUAAUGAACCUUCACAGUCACUUACCAAAUAAAAAGCUUUCUCUCC